UCAAGAAUUACCAAAUCAUGGUCAUGAUCAUGAUUGUGUCAAAUCUCAGUCAAAGGCUCUAAAUAGAGGAAACAGUUCCUCAUUUAGCCUCAGAAUCUUUAACUAACACUCAUCUCAUCCACAUAACCAACCGAUAUGAAGCUUUUCCUCUUUCUCUUUCUCGUUUUUGAGAACGAUAUAAUCUCAGCAGUGAAGCAGAUUUCUGCAGAGAUAUCAGGAGAGAUAACUCUCACCCUUAUCUUUAAUCCGUACUACAACUCCUUCAGCAAGAUCUGCUACAAGGUGCUGCCGCAUAACUGGCUGGUGAUUGUAAAUACCGGUGGAUAUGCUGAUGGAGCGUAUAAAGGAAGGAUAGAAACGCAUGAAUAUAACGGAAGGAUGGAUAUGAGGAUCUGGAAUCUGGACCGGGGGGAUGCUGGGACCUACAGGUGUCAGAUCCAGGGAACUCAAAACUUCUUCUACCAAGAUUUCCAAGUCGUUAUAUACUACAGAGACCCCAGACCACCCCCAGCAUGGCUCUCACCUAAAUCUACCAUUUCUUCACCUGUAACUACACUGCACACUCUCUCAGAAAACCACCUAGAUUCACCCAGUAUAGAUAAAAAUCCAUGGGGCCUGAGACACACACUAGCUACAGUGUUUGGUGUUGCGUGCUUUAUUUUCAUUAUUGCAAUCAUACCGGUUGUGAUUUAUCACAUAAAGAGAAAAAAAACAGAAUCUAUAUACAGCACAUCCUCUGUUUCUUCCGAGACACGUGAAAGAAGCCCCAGCAGUGCCCCCGACAUCAUCCCAACCCCUCAGGAGCACCUUAACAGCAUCAUCUACACCACUGUGGAUUUCAAGCCCCAUGAAGAAGCUUCAGAGCUGUAUGCAAAUUUGUGCCUCUCCAACCCAGGAGCCCUGAGACCUGAUUCAGACAGAGCACUGAAGACCCAGGAGAGCGUGGAGUACUCCACCGUAGCCAGGAUUUUAUAAUACUGGACAUGCCUGCAGUUAGUUGUAGUGUGGUGUGUUUCCUCAAAUAGGGAAUUGAACCCUUGUCUGCUGUGGGAAAGGAACUUUAGAAACCCUGUGCAUGGGUGCAGUGUGGACUAGGUGGGUUCCAGGUGGGCAUGAGCUUCACAAAUAGGCCCCAUCAUUACUAUAUCCCAUGUUAAUCUCAUACUGGUUCCAUCCUGCUCCCCCAGUUACUGAUUGUUUCCACCUGGCUUGUCUAGUAUAAAUACCCCUCAGUUUACCCUGUUCCCUGCUGAGUGUUGAAUCUAGUUAGCUAGCUAUCCUACAACACAUUUCUUUUGUUUUGUUGCCUUUGUUAACGACUUGUUUCUGUUUCCGACUGUCGAUUUUUGCUUUGCCCUCUCUAUUGUUGAUUUCCAUUGCUGAUCCUUUUUUAUAUAUAUAUAUGACCCUGUUUUGCCUGACUAUGCACUGGUUUCCUUACUGUUACUGACCCUG